AUUCGGCAGUGUCCCUCCAGCGGUCAGAGGAGGAGUAUUGUCGUCGUGAUCUCCAACAUUCCUCAUAUUUCUUAACCCCUCCACAGUAUUUGCAUUAUCUUUAUCUGCAUAAGUCUUUCCGAAGACCGCACAAAAGAACAAUGUCGGCGAUUUACCGAGCAGUGAUCCGUACGGCGGAUAAAUUCGUUCCUCCCAAGAUGCAGCCGAUGUGGAACCAUCCCGCAGGUCCAAAGACAGUUUUCUUCUGGGCUCCUUGCUUCAAGUGGGGUCUUGUCAUUGCUGGCCUGGGAGACCUGACAAGGCCAGCUGAAAAGCUGUCAGCUUCACAGUCCUCUGCUCUAGCAGCGACAGGGCUUAUCUGGUCGAGGUAUUCUCUGGUGAUUAUCCCUAAGAACUGGAACCUGUUUAGUGUUAAUAUGUUUGUCGCUGCUACUGGUCUUUACCAACUCUUCCGUAUAUACAACUAUCGAAUGAGUAAAGCAGCAGAAGCCGAUACUGCUUAAGAUCACUGUGGAUUUUUUUUCUAGUAUAUCCCAUUGCUCACACAGACACUGUGCAUUACUUAUCAUUAAAAAAAGCAUGAAAUAAUAGGGGCUGAAAAUAGGAAGUUGAAUGACACUAGAUACUGUUUGUGGGAAUUCAAUGGCAAAACCAUACUAACUAUAUUGAGUAUAUUUAUCUAUCUAUCUAUCUAUAUAUAUAUAUAUAUAUAUGGAUCUGUAUAUGUACAGCAAACAUUAAUUUGUUUAUAUGAAGUUUUAGAUACAGAAUAAAUAUGAAAAAAUAUUAA